GCGACGGUCCCCGCCAUGUCUGCAGCCAUGAGGCAGAGGUUCGACCGGUUCCUGCACGAAAAGAAUUGCAUGACCGACCUUCUGGCCAAGCUCGAGGCCAAGACCGGCGUGAACCGAAGCUACAUCGCGUUGGGUACCAUAGGACUGGUGGCCUUGUACCUGGUGUUCGGUUAUGGAGCCUCCCUCCUCUGCAACCUGAUAGGAUUUGGCUACCCAGCCUACAUCUCAAUUAAAGCUAUAGAGAGUCCCAACAAAGAAGAUGAUACCCAGUGGCUGACCUAUUGGGUAGUGUAUGGCGUGUUCAGCAUUGCCGAAUUCUUCUCUGAUAUCUUCCUGUCCUGGUUUCCCUUCUACUACAUGUUGAAGUGUGGCUUCCUGUUGUGGUGCAUGGCACGAAGCCCUUCUAAUGGAGCUGAACUGAUCUACAAGCGCAUCAUCCGCCCUGUCUUCCUAAAGCAUGAGUACCAGGUAGAUAAUGUGAUGAAAGAUCUGAAAGACAAAGCCAAAGAGACUGCAGAUACUAUCACUAAAGAAGCCAAGAAAGCCACCGUGAAUUUACUGGGCGAAGAAAAGAAGAGUACCUAAACCAGUGACCAUAUGAAACCUUUCUGCCCUAUCCACACCUUCCUGUUAGAGCUUGAUGUUGUAUUAGGGACUGUGGUAUAAUCAUUUUAAUAAUGUUACCUUGAAAACAUUUUGAUAUAUUAAAAAAAGGAAUGUGUUGU